AUGUUUGGUGAUAAAGCACUUGAGCUUGUGAAGGAACUUAAAAGAGCCAUGGAAGGGACUGUACCACCUUACAACGUGAGAUAUUGUUUACUUCUGUUUAUUCGUAAAUUGGCGGGAAAAAAUACGCACAGAACUUCCUACCAUUCAUUGAGACUUUAAAGUAGCUUUAAAGCUAAGCGUUGUGUUUUUCGCUCGGAAUUUUUACAUGCUAUGUUUGAAUGAUGUGAGACAAGUCGAUGUGCAGCAGUGAAAUGUUACAACAUUCUCUCAAACAGUACAGUCAUAUCAACAUGCAAAUCAUUUUGAGUGACUGGCUGUGAGAAUCUUAUCGAGAUGGUAAGUAUCUUUAAACUGCCGAUAUCUGUAUCGAUUUUUCCUCUCACUCAAUACCUCAUUCUCAUUUCUUCCAACAAAUUUUAAUCUUUAAGAUCGUUUUUGAUAAUUAAACUAUAUUUUGGUCCACCUUACCUAGCUCGUCACGAUAAAUUUUUUGGUGCUCUCUUUCUUUUCUUUAUACAAAUAAUUUCAUGAAAUUGAAAUGAUUGAUUUUAUUUUAUUUUGUGUAUUAAAGGAGGAUUUGAUUAGGCAGGUCCUUGAGGAAAUGAAGAUUUUGUUUGAGCAGAACCAAAGAGAAGUGUGAGUAAUACCUGAACAAUCCUCUGAAAACUACCCCAUGUAAAGAAUCACAAACUUGGAAAAUUCUAAAUUUGACGCAUAUGAGAUUGUUACUAAUUGUUAAUGAAUCAAUCUAAUCAGAAGAACCUGAUUUUUGAAAAUGGGAAUUCAGGAUGAUUAAUUGUUCUCAGAUUACAUAAUGUUGUUUUGAGGAACAACUCUCUUUGAUUGUUAUUAUUACCUUUUCUUUCAAUUUGUAUGAAGUAUAGUUGGCUAUAUUUUCAUUAAUUCAGAGUAAUGUAGACUAUGAUGCAACCCUUUAUGCUCCCAAGAUCUCAUUAGUAAUUCUCCUUACUGUCUGUUGAGAACAGUUUCUUUAAAAUUAAUGAUUAAUGUUAUAAAUUGUCACACAAUGUAACAAAAUACUAGACUGAUUGUAACGCGAAUAGGAAGAUUUCGUGACAUGAUAUUUCACAACGUUGUAAACAAAGUUCAACACUGAUUUGCAUUCGUACAGUGAACUAAAUAAGGGAAAGAAACGUGUAAUUGUGAAAUUGCAACUAAAAUAGGGUAUAUUACAGUACUUUGGGAUUGGGAAUUUACUGAACUCGUGAUUGUGGGAAAAUUACUUUAUUUCGCAACUAGAACUGUAAAACGAAGUAGCACUGAAUUGUAAGGGAGAUUGGUAUUAGAUCGUUAGAGUGUUAGUAUGUUCAGAUUGUCAGGAGUGAUGGAAGAAAAUAAACGCGUUUAGAAAACAAAGAAGUAUACAGUCCUCUUGAUUCCGCAACACUGUCUUCUAUAUAAUUCUUAUGAUGUUAAUUCUGAGAAUGUGUCAUUGGAUCAACUAAUAAUCCCCAAUUUUAUCUAGUUCUCUAUUCUCAUUACUUAUCUCCUUGACAUUUAUUGAUUGUGUAAGGAGAAAUUCUCUUAUGGUCACUCAUGCAAGUAAAAGGGUUAAUAAGCAACUAGUUAAUCAGGUUUACAUGUACCAUUAAUUUGCUAACACUAAUUAAUUAUUUCAUUUCCAUUUCCUUUUCCUUUGUUUAGUGCACUAACAGUUGAGGGAGAAACUGGUUUGUUUUCUGGAGUUCAUCUAAGGCAUGCAAGUUUAGAGAGAAAUAAAAGAUGUCUUCUUUCUUACAUGUAAGUUAAGAUAUAAAAAUAUUAUCCAGAUUAAUCAAGUUGAUUCAGUGUUUCUGGGUAAUUUUGUUCUAUUUUUUUCAGGGAAAGUCCAGGGGUAACUUAUGGGGUAUUUUGAGAUCUAUGACAUGACUGGAUGGUUUUGAUAAAGAUAAAUCUAACCAUUACCUUUCAAAGAGGCUUUUUUUUUUAGUGAAAUGUCUAUUACCCUGAAACUGAAACAGAGAUUUUACUGCUCAAGUUUAUGAGUUCAUAUUAAAAGCUUGAUGAUUUCUGAAACUCUUUUCAACAACAUUAUAAUAAUAUCAUCAAGAUCUAAUUAAUGUAUGCAAAAGCUUAAGCUAAUUUUUUGUACUCUGUAUACUUCUUUGUGUAAUUAUUUAGCUAUAACAGGAUGUUGAGGAUGAAGGACCUCAGGUGGGAGUUUGGAACUGUUUUACCUGAAGACAUCAAAUAUAAUUUAUGUGAACAAGAGGUUGGUAAACUUAAUAUGAUAAUAGCAACUACAGGUGCUUACAGCUAUAGAUGUAGCAUGUAUUUCCACUUUAUUUCUGUAGCCAACUUUUUAAGCACUACAUAAAUAAACAAUUUGAAAAUUUUUUGAUACUUCUGAUUGAGAUAUUUACACAGGGAUGAAUUUUACUGUUUUGAUAUUCCUUCUUUUUUGUAUUUCAACUAAUACUGUACGUGAAAAAAUUGCACUCUUCUGAUUGGCUAAAAAACAAGUGUAUUCUCGUGUAACAUGUGUGCAAAGUUGUAACACAAGUGCAAAUUACACUUUCAAAAUUUCAUUUGUCUUGACUUUCUGCAUUGUUUUUUUAAUGUAUAUUAUUAAUAGAUAAUACGAUUUUGAGUACAAUUUGGUGUAAUGAGGGCUUGUAAAUUUUUCAAAGACUACAAAUUGCACUUGUCUUGCAGGCUUGUACAAUUUUGUUGUCUUAAAAAAUUUACUUAUGCUUAUUUAUACCAAACUGCACUCAGAAUCAUGUCAUUACCUUUAUAAUUAAAUUUGUUAAAAUUUACUAUAGGUUCAGUGGUUUACAAAGUACAAUAAAUCACUGGCAACAUACAUGAGGACAGUUGGUUUGGACCUGACGCAGGUAACGAGACUUUCCUUCCUUUGUAAAAUAACUAAACUUUCAUUGUCAUCAUCAUUACUAAUUUGAAUACAAAGAGGGUUAAGGAGACAACAGUUAAGAGUGAUAGAAUUAAGACAAAUUGUUAUGCAAAGAGCACAGUGUCAUUCCACCCAGGAGCUUAGAUGGGUAGCAGCCAAUUGUCAGGAAAACGUGAUUAAAUGCUGGGCGAUAACCUUGCUAUGGACUGGCAUCCUGUCCAGGGGGGAGUAGUAAUACUCCUAAUUGCUUCAUGCUAUGGAAACCUGGAUAAGCUCCUGCUUACUGCCUAGUCAUAUUUGUGAAAGAUAAGAUUUCUAAAGAGUGGAAAAAGCCCCCUAAAGGUCCUAACCCUUUAACUCCCAUGAGUGACCAAGACAGAAUUUCUCCUUGCAAUAUCAAGUAUACAAGUAAUAAGAACAAAAAAAAAAUAUCAGUCAAGGGAUUAUUAGUUGAUCCUAUACCAAAUUCUCUGAACUAACAUCACAAGAACUGUAUGGCAGACAGUAAGGAGAAUUACUAAUGAGAUCUUGGGAGUGAAAGGGUUAAGGGAGGAACAGAACAUGGCUCUCAGAGGUCUGUCCUGGCACUUGUUUUGUUCUUCUGAGAUCUGUGUAAGAAUUUUUAAGAAAGCUGACAGAUGCAUCUCAUUUUGAAUUCUUAACUGACAGGACAUGAAGCCACCAAAGUCACUUUACAUAGAGGUAUGCCUUAUAUUCUUAUCCAAAGUCAACCCAUUUUUCAUAACUUAGGAGGUUCUUGUAGAGGUCUAAGCUUAUCACAUAGUUCAAAAAUAAUACUUUGAAUUCUGCAAUGCAGGUGCGAUGUCUAGAAGAUUAUGGAGAAUUUGAAACAGAAGAUGGAACAGUUUUGUUAUUGAAAAAGAAUAGUCAGGUAGGAGGAAUUAUACUUAAUAAUGGUACUUAACCCUUUAUAGCUCAACAUCAAAAUGGAUAUUCUCCUUACUGUUCUCACUGUAUUUCCCAUGGUACUGACAGAGGAAUUUGUGUAUCAUUUACAAGAUUAAUUUAUUCAGUGAUCAUCUCCUUUAUUCUCAUGACAGUAAUGUUUUAUACAAUGGUGAUGCUGUAAAGAGAAGUUCAAUGCUGGUCAAUGUUGGGGGUUAAAGAGUUAAUAUUGUUCACUCCUUUUGGGUGAUAGUCCAAUUUCAAAAUUGACAAUAUUUUCUGGGGAGUAGUGAUAAUUUGAAAAUUUUGGUAUUAGUGAUUAGAAAACAAUUGUUUUAGAAUUGCUUGAUUCCCAUUCUUUUAUUAACUUGUAGAGCAUUUAAGUUUUCAAAGCAACCAGGUGGACAAUCAGACAUAGUUUGAUGCUACUCUGGUUUAAAGAUUUAAUGAAUGUGACUGAGAAGUUACAAUCCAUAGACCUAACGUUUCAAAGCUCCUGCCUAGUGUCUUCAUAAAGGGGUGAUCUAAUCGCUGCCACAAGAGGUCCUUUUAUACACUCACUAAUUAGCUGCCCUUUUUAUACCUCGUCAGAAAAAAGGCAGCUAAUUAGCGAGCAUAUGGAAAGACCUUGUUGCAGCAAUUAGAUCACCCCUAAUGAAGGCACUAGACAAGAGUGUGAAACAUUGGGUCUUUGAAUUUUAUUUUCCUGGUUACAUUCAUUGACUCUUUAAACCAGAAUAGCAUUAAACCAUGUCUCAUAGAGCUUUGUUUCCUUCCCUCAGCAUUUCCUGCCAAGAUCUCAUUGUGAACAUCUCAUCAGACAAGGAAUCCUUGAACAUAUUCUGUAGAGCAGCAGAGUGGAUGGUCAAAUAUUCAGUAACAACAUUCACAGUCCCCUUAGCAAGCAAAUCAAAACCCUGACAAAGUUUAAUCUGGCAGCCAGAAAUGUGUGCAAUAUCAGAGCUAAUUAAGAGCCAUUUCAAUACAUUAAUAGAACUGAUGAAUUUAAUUUUGGUGAAUGAAAUAACUUGAAAUAAAGACUAUUUUAAACAGUUUUUGGAUUUCACUUCUUUUCCAAAAAGCAGCUACCUAUCUUCCCUUCCACAUUUGUCUGUGGGUUUUUGUCAGAUUAAUGUAUAUGUAUCUGUCUUUGAUUAGUUACUAAAAACCUAACUGGAUAAACAUUUGAAAUAAUGCUGAAAAUGACAG